GGAUUUACUGUCGUGCAUUUGGGCUGUCCCGGCGAGUAUUGAUGGUUCUUAAAACGCACUCCAGAGCUGUUUGGUGAUGUCGAGUUAAAGUAUUUUCUAUACUGACUUGUCAUAGUCCUGUUAGGCUGCUGACAGAUAACAGUCCUUUAUUUAAUUAACUCGGUCCUUUAAGAGGAACAUGUUUAUGGUUGUAGAAGGAAGAUAAAUACAUACUAAAGAUGGUGUUUGAGUCUGUGGUCGUGGAUGUGUUGAACAGGUUCCUUGGAAAUUAUGUGGUCAACUUGGAUAGUUCGCAGCUCAAUCUGGGCAUCUGGGGAGGUAAUGUGGCAUUGAAGAAUCUUGAAAUAAAAGAAAAUGCACUGAGUCAGCUCGAUGUGCCAUAUAAAGUAAAAGCAGGACAUAUUGGUAAACUAGAGUUGAAAAUCCCAUGGAAGAACAUUUAUGUUCAGCCUGUGGAAGCAACGUUGGAAGGAGUCUAUCUCCUUAUAGUGCCUGCUGCCAGUAUUCAGUAUGAUGCAGAAAAAGAAGAAAAGUACAAACAGGAGGCCAGACAAAGAGAACUUCAAAGAAUAGAAGAUACAAAACAGAAAGUUGCUGAAAGAGAAAAGCCAGCUGUGGAGAAACAAGAUACCUUUGUUGAAAAGUUAGUUACCCAGGUUAUCAAGAAUCUUCAGGUGAAAAUUUCCAGCAUCCAUAUACGAUACGAGGAUGAUGUCACUAACAAGAACUGUCCAUUGGGUGUCGGAGUUUCACUUCAGAAUCUCAGUCUCCAGACAUCCGAUCAGAACUGGAAUCCAUGUUUACAUGAUGAAACCGCUAAGCUGUUCUAUAAGAUUGUACGACUUGAUAAUUUAUUUGCGUAUUGGAAUGUGAACACAGUAAUGUAUUCUCAUGGGAGCUGUGAGGAAGCAUUGGAAAACCUAAAGUAUGGAGUAGCAGCCUAUAAUGUGAUCCCAGAAAAUUAUGAAUUUGUAUUUCGUCCAAUUUCAGCCAAAGCCAAACUUCGUAUGAAUCCUCGUGCUGACACUGACUUUUCUUCACCCAAAUUUAACUUGGAAGUAAAUCUAGAAAAAAUAGCAAUGGAACUUAAUCGACCACAGUAUCUAAGCAUCAUGGAGUUAGUUGAAUCCUAUGACAUGAUGUCUCGGAAUCUACCCUACAGAAAAUACAGACCAAAUGUUUGUGUGUGCGAUCAUGCUGCUGAAUGGUGGAACUACGCUGUUACUGGUAUUUUGGAAGUAAAUGUGAAACCCAGACUUCAUAUGUGGUCCUGGAAGCACAUUCGAGCACAUAGACAAUGUGUAAAAAAAUAUAAAGAGCUUUACAAAACAAAAAUGACUACAAAAAAGCCAAGUGAAGCAGUUGUCAAGGCUGUAGAGGAACAUGAAAAAAUGCUUGAUAUAUUUAACAUUACUCUAGCAAGACAGCAAGGUGAAGUUGAGGCUGUUAAGGCAGGGUUGAAGAUUUACAGACCUGGAGUGAAAGAUGAAGAGGAAAAUUCAGGGUGGUUUGGUUGGAUGUGGGGCUGGUCAGGAGGAACGCAAGCAAAAACACAAGAUGCCAAACCGACAGGUCUUGGGGAACUUAUGACCCCUGAAGAAAAGACAAAACUCUAUGCAGCAAUUGGAUACAGUGAAACUGCAGCUGACCUCACUUUACCAAAGUCUUUUGAAGCCGUGAUGUUAUCUGUACAUUUGACAAGCUUGUCUGUUACUUUAAAACAAGAAAAGGAAAAGACAGACAUUUUUGAACUUGCUGUGAGUGGUUUAAGUACAAAGGUGAUACAGCGACCCGGAGCACAAGCAAUAAAGUUUGAAGCAAAGCUGAGUGCUUUUGAUGUAAAAGGUCUACCACAGAGGAAGACAACUCCUUGCCUGCUGUCAUCACGAAACAUUCAGGCAAAUGAUAGUGAUCCACUUCUGCAUCUUCUUUUUGAAACCAAUCCUUUGGAUGAGCCUGCUGACCAGAAGUUAAGAGUAGAGUCCCAGCCACUAGAAAUGAUAUAUGAUGCAAGGACAGUAAACAGUAUUGCGGACUUCUUCCGACCACCUGAAGAUGUACAUCUUGAGCAGCUGACUUCAGCCACUUUAAUGAAACUUGAAGAAUUUCGUGACAAGACCUCUACAGGAUUGUUAUAUGUUAUUGAGACGCAGAAGGUGCUCGAUUUGAAAAUUAAUCUUAUGGCUUCAUAUGUCCUUGUUCCACAAAAUGGCUUCUAUGAUUCAUCAGCUAAUCUACUUGUGUUAGACCUAGGUCAUUUGAAGAUGACCAGCAAGAGCCACUCAGGACUGCCACAGCUCACAGCAGGACAAAGCGACAUUCAUGAGAUAAUGUCCAGAGCUUACGAAAACUUUGAUGUGCAUCUAAGCAGCAUACAGCUGCUUUAUAGCAAAUCAGAUGAAAAGUGGUAUGAGGCCCGCAAACAGAGACAGUCUUCUCUGCAUAUACUGGAGCCUAUGGACUUCAAUAUAGAAUUCAGUCGAGCUUUGGUUGUGACUGACCCCAGAAUGCCCAAAUUCAAGGUGUCUGGAGAACUGCCACUGCUUUCUGUUUGCAUCUCUGAUGAAAAACUGAAAGGUGCUUUAUCACUGCUUGAUAGCAUUCCAUUUCCUGAAAAGCCUGCUGCUCAGCCCCCUUCAUCUGUUCGAAAGGGUCCUCAGAUUCAGAUGUCACCUCCCAUUUCAACACCACAGAUGACUCCAAGAAAUAUCAUGGAACUUCGGAAUUCUAUGCUAUCUGAAUUAGAUUCAGAAGAAGAGUUUUAUGAUGCAGUGACCUCACCAGUGGAAGAUUUGCCAUACUAUGAAGCUGACACUGGCUCUCUACCGCGUUCUGGUAGCAUGAGAAGACCAGCAUCAAAAAUGAGAGAACCAUUAAAAAAUAUGACUGAAUUCCAGCUUAGAUUUGAAAUACCUGAGAUUUUGCUGCAGAUCUGUCGCAGAGCCAAGCACCUAGAAGUACCGGUACUGCAACUAGAAAUCACAGGAUUAGGCACAGAACUAAACUUGAGAACAUUUGAUAUGACCUCAGAAACAUUCUUGAAAGAAAUCUGCCUGAAGUGUCCAGAGUACACAGAUGAUAAGGGGAAACCUGUCUAUAUAAUCACAACACUUGACAAUGCUGAGGAAGAUCUUCUUAUGCUAGAGUACAAAAAGGCUGACAGAAAUGGACCAGAGUUCCAGACCACCUACAGGAAUACUGAACAGUUGAUAAAGAUAAAUUUCUCUUCAUUAGAUAUUCAUUUGCAUACAGAAGCACUGCUGAGUUCUAUGAACUUCUUAAAUGAAUUGGUUCCAGCAUCAAAGGAAAAGGCUUCUCCAGAAGAACCUGUGAUCACCACAGAAGAAACCAAGGAAGAAACAAGAGCAAAGAAGUCCUCCCAGAAGACCAAGUUUGAUAAUGUUGUAAAUCUUCGCAUUUUUGGAGAGCUUGCAUGCUUGAAUGUCUUCAUUCGAGAUCAGAAACAUCUAAUUUCGGAGAUAAGUAUUGAAGGCCUUGAUUCUGAAGUUGUAAUGCGAAAAGAUGCCACUGAAGUGUCAGCAAAUUUAAAAAAUAUUACAGUUUUAGAUUCGGAUGAAAAAGCUUUAUACAAAAAGGCAGUCUCUAUCACAGGAAAAGAAGUCUUCAGUUUCAAGAUGACUAAUUUUGUGGAUGCUACUGAAGGCAUUGACUAUGUUGACAUGAACAAAGUAGACAGCUGUGUUUCGCUAACAGUGGGCUGCAUACAAAUCAUCUUUGUUAACAAGUUUAUUGCAUCUAUUUUGGCUUUUGUGAACAACUUUCAGACUGCUAAGGAAGCUUUGACAGAGGCGACUGUACAGGCUGCAGAAAAGGCUGCAAGUGGAGUUAAAGAGCUUGCUGAAAGGAGUACUCGGAUGUCACUGGAUAUUUAUGUAAAAGCUCCAGUAGUUAUAAUGCCUCAGUCUGCUGUGUCAAAAAAUGUGCUGGUUGCAGAUUUUGGUCAUAUUACCGUUAAGAAUGAGUUCUCUCUGGUUUUAAGAAAAACUUCCACCAGUCUUCCACCUGUUAUUGAUGUCAUGAAUAUCAGUCUUGAUGAGUUAAACCUGUACAGGACAACUGUAGAAGGCGGUUCAUUACAGAAGGAAAUUCAGCUUUUGCAACCUGUUAACUUGAAAGUUACUGUUGAACGUAAUCUUGCUGCUGCUUGGUAUAAUGAGAUUCCUGAUUUUAAAAUAAGUGGAAGCCUGAAGCCCAUGAAUGUCAUUCUUAGUCAAGAAGAUCUAACUGUUUUGUUGAGGACUUUAAAUGAAAAUCUUGGGGACAGUUCUGGUGCACCUACUACUCCACCUGCGGGAACAGAUCAGGUAGCAAGUGGCUCAAAUGACACAGGAGGCAGCAGCACACCUCAGCAACCUGCAGGGAGGACUGUGGUUACAGCAGCUGUUGUUGAGACACACACCUUGACAAAAGUUAAAACAACACUGAAACUAGCUUUUGAUUUUGAUUCACUUUCAUUAGUUUUGUACAGUGCAAGCACAACAGAGAAGCCCCCUAUGGAGCAGAGAGAUGAGGUGCUUCAGCUGGCAGAAUUUAAGUUGGGCAUGAUUUCUGCUGCCGCUAAAAUGCGUUCAGAUGGUUGCAUGAAUGCUUCUGUUAAGCUUACAAACUGCCUACUGGAUGAUAAGCGUAAAGCUGUAGUAAAGGCAACACCAAGAAUGAUAGAUCUGAAAUCUGGCUCAGAGAAGAAUGUUAUGGUGGACAUUAACUACAGACAGGGCAGAGAUGGCACUGUUUUAGACACUGUUGUACAAGAUAUUUAUCUUUGUGCCAGUGUUGAGUUUCUUUUGACAGUAUUAGAUGUGUUUGUCAAAGCUAAUGAGCAAAGCUCUGAUGCUCAGAGGAACAACAGACAGGCUACAGCAGCAACACCAAAACAGCAAGCACCAGCACAGCAGUCAUCUAAUAUGGAAAUGAAUGUGCAAGUUAAAAAUCCGGAGAUCGUAUUUGUUGCAGAUUUGACAAGAGCUGAUGCUCCUGCACUGGUGCUUACAACAGAGUGUGAACUGUGUAUUAAAAAUGAAUCUAAUUGUCAAACCAUGACAGCAGCUGUUAAGAAUUUGCAAGUGAAAGCCUGUCCAUUUUUAGCAGAAAAUAGAAAGGGUAAUGUCACUACGGUACUGCAGCCAUGUGAUUUGGUGUUCCAAAGCACGCAGUCCCCAUCAAGUCCACAGAGUAUGGAGUUAUUCAUAAAGUCGUUGACAAUAAAGGUUUCACCAAUAACUAUUAACACAGUCUUGACUAUUACAUCAGCACUGACAGCUCCUAAAGAGACUAAGGAAGAGGAAAGUAGCCACAUUCCUCCUAACCUAUGGGAUGAGAAAGAUGUUAAGGAUUUAAAAUUGUGGUUUCUGGAAGACUCCAAGGACAGUCUAAAUCAAGGCCGUGGCUUUACUCCGUUAGUUCCCACUGGGGAAACACUGCACAUGUCAAUAGAGGCCAUUCAGGUGACUCUCGAAGCUGGUGUUGGCCAUAGAACAGUUCCUAUGUUGCUAGCAAAGUCUGUGUUUUCAGGAAGUGUUAGUAACUGGAGUACUCUUAUCAAUCUUAAUUGUAAACUUGAUUUGGAGGUACUGCAUUUCAAUGAGCUGCUUGGAGUCUGGGAGCCCUUACUUGAGCCACUAGAAGAUGGAAACAGCGACUUUAGACCAUGGAGUCUUGGCAUUAAGAUGAAAAAGAAGGCAAGAAAAGCCCCAGAAGAACAAAGUGCAAAUGAAAAUUUAAAUAUUCCAGAUUACAAAACUGUAAUUAAUAUCGUUUCAAAAGAUCAGCUAAAUGUUACAGUCUCUAAAUAUGGACUUGUUAUGCUGAAGAAUUUAGGGCAGGCUUUUGCUGAGGCUGCUAGCAAGACAGCAGAAGAUUUCAAAAAAGACCAAUCACCUUUUGUGGUGAAGAACUGCUUAAGUCUUCCUGCAUUCAUUACACCAAGUGAUGCAUUUAGUGUCAUUGGGAUCCACUCUGCACAGAAGAAAUAUGAAGUAAACAAUGAAGAAGUUCUUAAUAUGGAUUAUCUCCAGACUAAGACCACAAGUGAUCCUUUGGCAGCAACAAAUAUGCUGAAUAGUAAACUGUUUUACAUAGCACUCACACCUCAUGACCAUUCCACUGCUGACAAGAUUCCGCUCACAAAACUGGGUCAUUACUUGUACAGUGUUGUACACAAGGAUUCAGGAGUGAAAAGAGCCAUUGUUUGCCAGACUGAAACACUGGAGGGAAGUAAGGUGGCUACACUGCGGUCUCCUUUGCAGAUUAAGAAUCAUUUUUUUGUAACACUGAAUGUGUAUGAUGAAACAGAUCAUCUUGGAGCAGCUCUACCUGGACAAGACUUUAAUGUGCCUUUAACAUCUUACAGAUCAAGGGUAUGUUUUGCACCUGCAAAUGAAAAUACAGAAGGCUUUCAGAAGUCUGAUAGCAUUAGUUAUGAUGAGAUUAUUAAAAUCCCAGGGGAAGUACGACAGAUGAAGUGCCAGCAAGUUGGAUCAGAGAACCAGUCCUUUAUAAUUAACAUUGUGCCCCAGAAGGACAUAUUUUCAUCUGAUAUUGUAGAUGAUGGAUUGGAUGUUCCAUUUAUUCUUCACCUGUGGCCUCCAGUGUUACUUCGCAAUCUGCUUCCUUAUACGGUUGUCUACAGUCUAGAGGAGAAUAGUAACCAGAAUUUUACACUGGAAGGUGGUCAUCAUGCAGAGCUUCCUGCCGCUCUAAUAGAUCAUUCCAGGCUGGAGCUGUACUUACUCCACUAUCUUGAUCAUAAGUGGAAGGGGGAGUACUGCAUUAAGCACAACGAGCAAGAUAUUAACUUUAUUAAAUUCACAUGUGUUGAUGAAGAGGAGAGCUCAGAACUGGAUAUUGCUGUGCAUGUGACAAACAGUACGGGGCAAAUGGUUUUAGGUUUACUUAGUCCUUAUUGGAUGGUGAAUAAAACCGGGAGACUGCUGCAGUAUAAAGCUGAUGACAUUCAUCGAAAACAUCCCAGUGAUUAUGACAAGCCCCUCCUUUUUUCUUUCAAGCCUAAGAACUUCUCUCAGACUAACAAGGUCCGUCUUUUAGUGAGUGACAGUGAACUGUCUGACUCAUUCUCUCUUGAUACAGUUGGCAGCCAUGGAAAUGUUAGAUGUAAAGGCAAAAAUCGGGAAUACCAGGUUGGUGUGAAAAUAGAUUCCACUACUUUUGCUCUGACCCGUAUUGUCACAUUUACGCCAUUUUAUAUGUUGGAAAAUAGAACCAAACACAUGCUACAGGUAAUUGAAGAGGGCAAGGAAGACUGGAUAUCUAUCGCAUCACAACAAUGUGUUCCGUUUUGGCCGGAGAAAGAUUCCAACAAACUUCAAGUUAAACUUCCAGAUUUUCAGAUGCCUUCUAAGUCUGUUAAUUUCAAUAAGCAAGAAAAUGGCACACUACUGCAGUUGGACAAUAAGUAUGGUGGCAUCAUAGUGGAUGUUAAUAAAGCAGAGCAUUCUACAAUAAUCACAUUCUCGGAUUACCAUGAUGGUGUUGCCCCGUUCCUAAUAAUCAACCAUACCACAGUGAAAGCCAAGUAUCAUCAGAGUUCUGCAAAGGAACCUGAACACACACUUCCACCUGGUAAAGCUGUACUUUAUAGCUGGAGUGACCCUACUAGUGCCAAGAUUUUCAACUGCAAAUAUGGAGAAAAAUCCAUUGAGAUAAAGCAUACAGAGGAUAAAUUUGAUAAAUUCACUGUGGACAAUAAGGACGUAUAUAUAGCAUCGUUUUUGGAAGGUUUACAACGUAUUCUGUUGUUCACUGAAGAUGCCCAUAUGUAUAAUGUUGCAUGUGAAAGUGAGAAAGCAGAACUUGCUGAGCAAGAAAUUAUCAUAUCGCUGGCGGGUGUUGGAAUUUCACUUGUCAAUAAUGAUAUCAAGCAAGAAAUAUCCUACAUUGGCAUUUCAAGUUCAGACAUUGUUUGGGAGACCAAACCCAAGAAGAAGGCACGGUGGAAGACCAUGAGUAUUAGACAGACUGAUCUACUGGAGAAGGCUUUCAGAGAGUUGAAUGAAACUGGGUUUGCUGAGAGCACCGUCGUUGAACUGGAUUCUAACCUCCAGGUUUGCCUAUCCCCUAAUGCUGCUGACAUGAAAAUAUUACAUCCCCAUGAAGCGCCAAUCAGGAGGAAUUAUCUCCCAGGUGUUAAAUUGGAAUACAGCGUCUCAGCACAUCAGGCAUCAUACCGUAUACAGAUAUAUAGGAUACAGAUUCAGAAUCAGCUUAAUGCAGCCAUCUUUCCCUAUGUGUUCUAUCCUGUUAAACCUCCAAAAUCCAUCACAGUGGAUUCAGCACCAAAGCCUUUCACAGAUGUAAGUGUUGUUACUAGAUCUGCAGGACAUUCCAAGAUAUCACGCAUCAAGUACUUCAUGGUCCUGAUACAAGAAAUGGACCUAAGGAUUGAUCUUGGAUUUAUUUAUGCGCUGAUGGAUAUUUUUGCACAAGGAAGCACUAAUGUGGUCUCAGUGGAAGAAGAGGUUGAUUUUUUCAAAAAAGAUGUGGAGUAUGUUCAAACAGAACUUAUGACUGUAUCAUCAACAGAAGUAUCACAGAUCAACUUUUUUGAGCAUUUUCACAUCUCUCCAAUCAAGCUUCAUUUAAGCUUUUCUUUGAGCACUGGUGGUGAAGAUGGCAACAAACAAGAGAGAGAUCAGGAACUGAUACCUAUUCAAUCACUGAACCUACUGUUGAAGAGUAUUGGUGCCACCCUUACAGAUGUACAGGAUGUUGUUUUUAAGCUUGCAUGUUUUCAAAUUGAGAAUCAUUUUUAUACCACCUCACAGCUUCAGAAUGAAGUGGUACGGCAUUACUCAAAACAGGCGAUCAGGCAAAUGUAUGUGCUUGUUUUGGGACUGGAUGUUUUGGGUAAUCCCUUUGGACUUUUUAGAGAUGUUUCUGAAGGAGUUGGGGCCUUCUUCUAUGAACCAUACCAGGGAGCUAUUCAGGGUCCUGAAGAGUUUGUGGAAGGAAUGGCACUUGGAGUUAAAGCCCUUGUGGGAGGAGCUGUUGGUGGUUUGGCUGGAGCUGCAUCUAGAAUCACUGGUGCAAUGGCUAAAGGGGUGGCAGCAAUAACCAUGGAUGAAGAGUACCAACAAAAGAGAAGAGAAGCUAUGAAUAAACAGCCCAGUGGCUUUCGAGAAGGUGUUACCCGGGGAGGCAAAGGCUUGGUGUCUGGUUUUGUCAGUGGUAUAACAGGAAUAGUGACACAGCCAGUAAGAGGUGCCCAGAGAGAAGGAGCUGCUGGAUUCUUUAAGGGUGUUGGUAAAGGUCUGGUGGGAGCAGUGGCAAGGCCAACUGGAGGAAUUAUUGACAUGGCCAGUAGCACUUUUCAAGGCAUUAGGAGUGCAACUGAAUCUGUGGAAGAACCAAAAAGUCUUCGUCCCCCUCGCUUUAUUCAUGAAGAUGGAAUUAUAAGGCCAUACAGAUGGAUGGAAGGAGAAGGUAGCCAACUGCUACAGCAAAUUGAAAAUGGAAGAUUCUCAAAAUACAGAUACAUUGCACAUACCGUGCUGAAUGAUUCAGAUUUGCUUAUGAUAACAAAAAGUAUGGUGUUGUACGUAACAAAAGGAACAUUUGGCCAGCAUAUCUGUGAAUGGCACUACAGGUUUGAUGAGUUUACCAAGGAUCCCUUCAUUGUCCAAGACAGAAGGUUACGCAUUGAAGCAAAGGAACGGGUAAAAUCUGUCUUCCACGCAAAAAAUAUUGGAAAAAUAAUCAACUUUAAAAAUUCAGAGCAAGCCAAGUGGGUUCUUGCCAAACUGGCAGAAGCAAGAGAGAGCCUUGCAAAAUUCUGAGUUUGUCAUUUUCUCUGAUUUUAAUGGUGCCUUUGAUGUUUGGUUGGAAAUGGAAGACUUGAAUCAUUCUCUGAACCAGGCAUUUUGAAGAAAGACAAGAAGACAUUGGAGAUAGAGAACUCAAGAUAGCCAGUGGAUCUUACACUAAUAAUUAUGCAAGCUGAAAAACAAAUGGUCCUAAUUAAGAAAUGUACAAAUUGCAGUGUUCCUUGGACAGAUGUAUUAGAAGAAUGAGAAUGCUAUUUCUGUAGCUGAUCAGUUGCAUUUUGUGUUUUACUGCUUUAAAUUGUAAUUUGCACUGGUAGGUAAAGUUAUGAAGACUAUGUUUUUAUUGUACGGGUAUUUGUGACAUUUUCACAGCAAAGUGCAAUGCAUCAGUGAAACUUAUUAAGCACUUCUCCAUUAAGUGCCAUUUCAGUACGUCUAAGAUAACAAAGUGCCAGUGGGCUUCUGUAAUGGAGCUGUUGCAACCACAUUGCACUGACACAAUUCAUUGCCUGCUUUUCUUUUUAACUGCAUACACCAGAAAAUUUACAUUACAAAGACAGACGUUAUAUUCCAUAUUCCAUACAUGCCACUGUUUUAAACAAUAACUAGGGUACCAACUGUAAACAUAAACUGAAUGUUUGCAUUCAAGAAUGCUCUCAGCAGUGUCUUCUUGACAUCUUCUUUAGGUACAGUAAUGACCUUGUAGAAAAAGUGGCAUGUUGCUGAGGAUUUGGCAAAAAUUACCUACUCCUUUUCGGAUUGUGCACAGUGUUAACUUCUGAAUUUAUAGCCAGAAAACUACAGGUGAGACCUGGGUUUGUCAUUUCUGAACAGCACUCAGAAAGAAGCACACCCUGCAAUACAGAACAGUGUGCUUUCUGCUUUGAGUAGCUGCAGAGACCAUUGGACAAGGCUUGAACUAGCAGUCUGUCAGUGUCAGCUUUUAAGCAUUUCUUACAAAGGAUGCCGUAUGAGCUUUAUAGUUAAUCACAGUGCUUAUACUACUGAAUUUUGCCUAAAUUACGUGCACACAGUUGUCAGUAUCCAUACAGCCGAAUGACUGUAGUCUCUUGAAACUACUGUCUCUAAAGAACAGCAUGUAGUUGCAUUGCACUUUGGGUGUUGGAAUAACUGAAGUUAUCAUCUAUGUCAUCAUAAUGGUAUUGCAAGGAUGAAGCUGCUGUUACUCUUAUUGUUAUUGCGUACUAGUACCACCUUGCAACACCUAAGUAAAGUGCCCUUAUUGCACAGUGUAGUCUGACCAGAAAGAAGUUGCUGUUAGAGAAAAACUUGUAUCCACAGUACCCCCUCCCCUUGAAAAAGAGACCGCUUACACCUUGUUAUGGUAUUGUCUUUAUUUUUUUUAAUGCAUUUUAAAACUUGUUGCCUUUUGGGUUUUAUAAUUGCGUCAUCAAAAACAGCUCCAGUCCUUUUGUAAUAAUCCGUCAUUUUCUUCUAUUUUUUGUACUUGUCUUGCCUGUUCAUUUUCAAAUAGCAUAUCCGACUGCCAAAACUCAUAGCUGAAGUAAGAUCAGCAGACUUCCAGUUAUAGUUGUGCAUUAAGAUUUACAAAGUGAUGAAUCUGUAGAAUGGUAGAGCUGCCUUAUGGUAAUAAAAAUGAUAAGUAAAGCUGAAAAAUGAAAGUGUAUUUGCCUGUUCGGGUGGGGAAAAUAGCAGAUGGAGAAGUAAAUAGUGUCCUUUAUCUGCAAGUAAUUGAUGGAAAAAAAGUAAAAGGACCUUACAUUUUAUUUUAUAUUAAAUAUGCAUUUUAUAAGUGCAAUAUUAUUGUCUUUGUUAGUACUGUCUGUGUUAUACUUCCAGGAGAUGACACAUCUUUUGUUUUUGGACUUUUAACUGUCUUGAAUAGGAAGGGUAAUACGUUCAUUACUGCUCAACCUGUUAGCUAUUACUUCUUACAAGCACAUGCAUUCUCACUUAUGCACAUAUAUGUAUUGGAAUAUUAAUUUACUUAAGAUUAUUUACAUUAAUCUGUUUUGUAUAGCAUGUAGAUAUGUGCUGUUCAGUUGUUAACUAUGUUAUUUGAUAACUCAUAAAAUGUAAAAUAAACAAUUCUGUAUUACCAAAUAGAGGUAGCAUAUCCUUUCCAUAAAUCCAAAUAAAUAUGAGUGCCUAAACUGCAACUUUAUAACCUCACCUUUAAAGAAUGAUUGCAUUUCAUUUUUUUAUUUUUUUUUUAAUUUGUAUUUUCUCUGUAGCAAGGUGUUCAGAUCUUUGGCCACAGUCUGUUAUUGUUGCAUGUUCCAAGUCUAGAUUUCUGAGUUUUGUUUUGCUUUUUUUAGUGAUUUGCCCUCAUUUUUCAAGUGGUGCUAAAAAUAUUUUUAGAUCAUGAUGAUGUAUUGGAUUCUAGUUUAUCCGCCCUGUUAGCUGAUGUACAUUAAGAUAGUUUUGGACUGAGAGACAUACUGAAUAUGAACUUUUGAAAUGGGGAGGCUCCCACUGAGUUUACAUAAAAGUCUGUUAAAAACGCAAAGUAAUCAUUCUCCCAUGAAGACGCUGCAUCAUACACACAGCACAGAUGUAGUGAAGCUAUCAUGACAUGACCAUUGUUUUCAAUAAUUAGUCAUGCGACUACCAUCAUUAUCUGAUGUGGUGCUUUCUGGAUCUAAAAUGUCAUGUAGAUUGUCGCCUUUGAAUGCUUGAACUGUUGAACUUCCAUUUCUUGUAAUUUAUGCACAUACACACACACACACACACACACACACAAAACUGAAAGCAUUUUCACACUGUCAGCAAGCUUUGAUGCAGCUCUACCAGUUAACAUAUUGGUACAUUUGAAUACCGAUGCUUAUAGGAUUUCUAUGAAGUUCUGAGCUUGACUACUUUGUGGAAAGGAUGCAUUUGCAAAUAUAUCACUCAACAGGCAGGCACCCUUGUAAUGGUAUUUGGCAGACCUAGACACUGCAGUCACAUCCAACUUGGAUAAAAAAAUACACAUUUUUCAGUCCCCAACAUACAUAGACAUUGAUCUUUGUGGUGGGAUGACAGUGAGGGGCAAGUAUUGUGAUAGUGUCCUUUAGUAUGCAGUGUGAGAGUGCAUUAUGUGUUUCUGGUUUAGUUCUACCUGUCUCACAAAUGACACAACUGCUACCUUCCAUUCUUAACCUGUAAAUCAUCCUUAACUAGAUUAUCUCAUCCUUAUUUUACUUAUUUUUGUUUAGUUAAAUGCUGAGAUUUAUUAAACAAUCUAGAAACUUCUUACUGUCAUUCCUCAAUUCCUAUUGACCAGUGCUGUGGCAUGGAAUAAAGGACUGCAUGUAAGCAUCUCUUCUUUGUUUAUAUAUAUAUUCCUCCAGUCAUACUUGUCCAUUAUGCAGUACAGGGCAUGCAUGCCAUAUGUGAGGGGCACUCCAGCCAUUAUUCCCUUGAGUUACCUUCAUGCCAUUUCCAUAAAUGAUGUAACUGUAUAACUAUACAAGUACUCUUUCUCAAGAAUUACUAUGCAGAAGCCUGAAUGUUUACAUUUUGUAUAGACUAAGUAAAUCAAUUUUCUGUUUUUAAGUAACACUGAAUACAGUUCUUCCAAAUCCAGCCCAGAGCUGUUAAAUUUGGUACUUGUUUCUUUUUUUUUUCCUUACUUUUGGGAAUUGUCUACUCUAUGUAUUGUUCAAGUUUUGGUAUGUUAACUGUGGUUUGAAGAGAACAGUUCUUCCGUAAGCAUGACAUAUUUAUUCAGUCUGGAAUGCAUCUUUUUUAAGUCACAAGAACUGAAAAUGGUAUUGCAGUUUACUUCAAUAAAGUGCUUAUUUCCACCAAGAA